AUGUCUGCUAGCAACAGUGGGGGAGGCCAGGACAGCGAGGAGGAGCCCAGGCCGCCGCUCUUCACUAGGUUGGCCAGCAGGGGGCGGCGUGGCGUGGCGGCGGUCGGCGAUGCCGCCACCAACGCGUUGUCCGCCACCAAGGAUGGCCUGGACUCAAUGCGGGAUGGCGCCCACAAAGUUGCCAUCCACAUGGACAAGUGGGCCGCCGAUGGCGUGGUGGGGCGCACCUUUCGAUUCAAGGAGCGUUCAGCCAAAUUUACCACGGAGCUGCGGGCGGGGGUCAUCACCUUUCUGAUGGUGUCGUACAUCUUGGCCGUGAACCCCUCCAUCCUGGCAACCACGGGCGGCACGUGCGACCCCAAAGAAGUCUGCUCGACGGACGACUUCGACCUGCUGGGUCCCCAGUGCCUGUCCAACCCUGUUGACGAGGGUGCGCAGCAGUGCAUGGCGCAACUGAUGCGCAGCCUCAUCACCGCCACCGCCGCCUCCUCCCUCAUCUCCACCUUCUUCAUCGGCUACUUUGGAAACCUGCCACUUGCGCUGGCGCCCGGCAUCGGCAUCACGGCAUACGUGGCAUACCAGGUGGUGGGGCAGCACGGCAUGGGGCAGCUGUCGUACCAGCAGACCAUGACGGCAGUGUUUGUGGAGGGCUUCAUCUUUGUUGUGCUGUCGGUCACGGGCGUGCGCGGCGGCAUCAUCAAGUUCAUGCCCAAGUCCAUCGCCAUGGCCUCUUCAGUUGGCAUCGGCAUGCUGCUGGCCUUCACCGGGCUGCGCAACAUGGGGCUCAUCGUGUAUGACUCUGCCACGCUGCUCACGCUGGGCGGCUGCCCCAGCAACCGGCGAAACUUCCUGUACGCAUUUGACGAGCCGAUCACAUCCGACAUGCUGGCCAACCUCACCUUUGCCGCCUUCCCGCCCCCCGCCUCUGUGUACGGCUGCUUGGACGAUUCGAUGCGGUCUCCCACGAUGUGGCUGGGCAUUGCGGGCGGAUUCCUGAUGUGCAUCCUGCUGUAUAUGGGCAUCAAGGGCUCGCUCAUCCUGGGCAUCCUGUUUGUUACUGUCAUCUCCUGGAUUCCGGGGCACGGCGCCUCCUACCUGGGAGCCAGCUCGCCCAUACCAGGCGGCGAGGCGCGGAUGGAUGUGUUUAAGCAAGUCGUGGCGGCCCCAACCCUAAGCGCCACGGGGCUGGCCUGGGACUGGUCAGCCUUUGGCGAUGGCAAGCUUUGGCUAGCCCUUUUCACCUUCCUGUACAUUGACCUGCUGGACUGCACCGGCACCCUGCUUUCUAUGGCGCGCCUGCUCGACUUCAACAUGCCAGGCUUCCUGUCUGAGAACAUGGAGUUUCCGGGGCAGAUGUGGGCCUUCCUGUCGGACGGCAUCGGCAUCGUCAGCGGCUCCAUGAUGGGCACCACCUCCCUCACAGUCUACAUUGAGUCGGCGGCGGGCAUCGAGGAUGGCGGGCGUACCGGGCUGACGGCCGUGGUUGUGUCCUUCUUCUUCCUGGCCUCCCUCUUCCUAUCCCCCAUCAUCGCCUCCAUCCCGCCCUAUGCCACCGGCCCCGCGCUGGUGCUGGUGGGCACCAUCCUGCUAGGCCACAUUGCGCACAUUGAGUGGGACGACAUUGGCGUCGCCAUCCCCGCCUUCCUCACCAUGGUGCUCAUGCCCUUCACCUACUCUGUGGCAUACGGCGUGAUUGCCGGGCUGGUGAGCUACCUGGCCAUCCACGCGCCCUUCUGGCUCACAGACUAUAUACGCAAGCGCUGGUGGCCUAGCAGCAGCGUCGGCUCGCCGCGCUCGUCCCGUGCACGCCGCAGGAGCAAGGCGGGGUAUCACAUGCGCAAGACGUUUGGGCCGCAGGAGGACCCGCCGUCGCGCGCCGACAGCUUUGUGGGCGGCCCUUGGUACGACGACAGCUACCACACGCAGGAUAGCCGGCGCUCCGCGCUACCCACCUCCAUGCUGCAGCACAUGGUGGGCGGCACGGCACCGGGCACGGCGGCUGGCAGUGUGCCCAACAGCCUCCAACCUGCCCGCUCCAACCCACCCAGCGUCAUCAACAUGUUUUUCCCGGAUAACAGCAUGCGAGGUGGCGGCACUGUCCACAGCUUGCGACGCGCAAGCGGCAACAUUGGCGGCUAUGGGCGUUCGGGCUCCUACGGCGGCACCGCGGUGCGGGGGCCAGCAGGGCGCCAUGGCAUCAGCGACCUUGGCUCGGGCGAAGACCUGCAUUUGAAACAGCAGAGCAGCAGCGAUCAUGGUGGGGGGCUGUUCAAGCUGUUCCCAGAUGCUCCUGACCUUGCCUCAGGUGCCGCUGGCAGUGCCAGCUUCAAACUGUUUGGCGACAUUGAGCCACUGCCGUUGGAUCUCAGCGGCGAGGUGGCGCUGGCUGGCAGCAGCAGCAAGCAAGAGCAAUUUUUCCGCCUAUUUGGCGAGAUCGAGCCGCUGGAGCUUCAUGAGGGCGCGAGCGCUAGCAAUGAUACUGCCGACCUGUCCUUUGGCGGGGGGCCGCAGCAGCAGUGUCCAGUUGGCAUGGCCCCUGCGCCGCACCACGAUUCCAUGGAGACCACUUUGCGCGGAAGCAGUGCCUUCUCAGAUGUGAUGCUGGAGGCAACGCGGGGCUCGCAGGACAUGGGCUUGGUGGGGCUGGAGGGCAGGCGACAGUUAUCGGGGCCUCGGGAAGAGCUUUCACUGGCGCCGGCUGCGGCAGCAGCAGCAGCAGCAGCAGCAGCAGCAGCAGCAGCAAGCCAGCAGAGACAGCAGAGACAGCACAGCAGCACUGACGACUUGGAGGUGGCAGCUAUGUCUGCACGCGCACCCACCAGAAGCCGCGACCAGCAGGCUGGCAAGCGUGGCGACGCACAGGAGGGCGGCAGCCAGGCUCGCAGUGAUAGCGGUGGCCAGGAGGACAGUGGUGAGGUGGAUGAGGAGGUUGUGUACAGCAGGCUGAUGCGCACUUUGAGCAGCAAGUCUCUGCGAGGCAUGUCGCAACGUGGCGGCAGCGUGGGUGAGGGUAGGCGUGACAGCGGCCGCUACUCCGCCGCGGCAUCAGCCACCACCAGCCUGUACGUUGGUGCGACGCGCGGCUCCCUCAAGUCUGGUUCGCUGGCAGCAGCCGCAAGGCAGCUGGCAGAGGUAUACAGCCGUAGCGAUGCCAGCUUGGCGGCGGCUGCCGACAGCAGCAGCAGCUCGCAGGCUGGCAACAGCCCGCAGGAUCUAGUGCUAGGUGCCGAGCCUGCUCCGCUGCCUAACGUGCCGCAAAGCGGCACGGCCAGCAUGGCCUGGAUGCCACGGCCCAGCCCCUUUGAGGCUGGUGAGACGAUGCCGCAGGUGCACAGCGCCCCGCCAGAGAUGGGGAGCAGCGCAUCAGUGGCUUAUGACGAGUCGUCAGCAGCGCGUGACUCGCCCAACGUCCAUGCCGCUGCAAGCUCGCGGAUGUCAGGGCUGCCCUCAGAUGAGGCGUGGUUGCAGUGA